GUCGUCAUGGUGACAGCAGUGUAGUACGCAGCUGUUAUCAGCGUCAUAUCUGUCGGAGACAGGGAGACAGGCAGCUCCGGUACCGUUAACAGGGGGUAGUGUGUGUGUAGAAUCAUUUCUCCUCCAGUUUAACCGAACACAGCCCGGACACAGAGGGCGGGAAGCAUGGAGAAUAUUUCAGGACAGUGCUGGAACAGCAGCCACGCAGAGUACAGCUCGUUUGUUGACGUGAAACGGGGAAUAUAACCACUGACGGUGAAAACCACAAAACACGUCGGGCCACUCUUUCUCUCCACCUCCACCAUUUUGGUUGGCAGUGAUGGAGCACAUCCGGACGCCCAAGGUGGAAAAUGUGCGUCUCCUGGACCGGUCGUCAGGCCAGAGAAAGGCCAGUAUUGGGACGCUCUACCUUUCUGCCACGCACACCAUCUUUGUAGAAAACAACCCUGAGACACGCAAGGAGACCUGGGUGUUGCACAGCAUGGUGAGCAGUGUGGAGAGGCCUCCCACGUCACCAGCAGGAAGUCAGCUGAUCCUGCGUUGUAAGGACUUCCGAAUCUUCCAGCUCCUCAUCCCGCAGGAGAGAGACUGUUUGGAUGUCCAAGCCUCAUUGGUCAGGUUGUCACGACCAGAGAAGUAUAGUGAGCUGUACUGCCUGUCCUUCAAUCCCAAUGUGAACAAGGAGGAGAGAGAAGAAUCAUGGAACUUCAUGGACCUCAUGGCUGACUACAAGAGGAUGGGAGUUCCUAAUAACCUGUGGGUUGCUACAGCAGCCAACAGUGAAUACAGGGUGUGUGAUACGUACCCAUCAGAGCUGUUUGUUCCAAAGUCGGCCACACCUGCCAUCAUCGUGGGCAGCUCAAGGUUCAGGAGUCGAGGACGAUUUCCUGCUCUGUCCUACUUCCACCAGGAUACACUGGCUGCAGUGUGCCGGUGUAGUCAGCCCCUGUCAGGCUUCAGUGGACGCUGUCAGGAGGAUGAGAUGAUGCUGCAGGCUGUGAUGAAGUCCAACCCUGGUAGUGACUACAUCUAUGUGGUGGACACCAGGCCCAAACUGAACGCUAUGGCAAACCGAGCAGCAGGUAAAGGAUAUGAGAAUGAAGACCACUAUACCAACAUCAAGCUGCAGUUUAUUGGCAUCGAAAACAUUCAUGUGAUGAGGAGCAGCCAGCAGAAAAUCAUCGACGUUGGCGAGAUGCGAGCUCCGUCCAUGACUGACUUCCUGUGGGGUCUGGAGAACUCUGGUUGGCUCAAACACAUUAAAGCCAUUGUAGAUGCUGGGGUCUUCAUAGCCAGGGCGGUGGCAGAUGAGGGGAUCAGUGUGUUGGUUCACUGUUCAGAUGGCUGGGACAGGACAGCCCAGGCCUGCUCCGUAGCCAGUAUACUGUUGGAUCCAUACUACAGAACCAUCAAAGGACUCAUGGUGCUGAUAGAGAGAGACUGGGUUUCCUUCGGACACAAGUUCUCCCACAGGUAUGCUCACCUGGAUGGAGAUCCUAAAGAGGUGUCUCCGGUCAUCGAUCAGUUCCUGGAGUGUGUGUGGCAGCUGUCUGAGCAGUUCCCAUGUGCCUUUGAGUUCAAUGAGCGCUUCCUCAUCGCCAUACACACACACGUCUACUCCUGCCAGUAUGGGACCUUCCUUGGAAACUGCCAGAAGGAACGCAGGGAUAUGAGGCUUCGUGAGCGGAGUCAUUCUGUGUGGCCUCAGCUAUGGAAGGACAGAGCAGAGUUCACCAACCCUCUGUACAAAGCCGAGCUGAGUCAGACUCAGGGUGUCCUGAGACCCAACACCACCCCCUACUGCUUCAAAAUGUGGAAGGGUUUAUACAACCACGUGGAGAAGUCGACGCCUCCCCGCCAGUCGCCUGCUGAUUUCCUGUCUGCCGUGAGGGAGGAAUCCCAGCAGCUGGAGGAGGAGCUGACCAAUCACCAGGAGAGGAUAGCAGCCCUGACAGGGAAGCCAAUCAUGUGGGAGAAGAUCAAGGUUCCGCAGAGGAAGACUAGCCGCCAGCGUCAGAGACACUGCGGGCCGGACCCGCCCACCACUUACACAGACCCAAUCACCAGCCCUGCACAGGACAACGGUCAUGCACUCUCCUCUGAACCAGCCAAUCAGAAAGCUCAGACGAAGGACCCCGCUCUCACCCUGCCUCUAGGGCCGCCUGUCCAGCUCAAGAGUCACGACCCCGAUGAUCUCUCCACCUGCAGCGACCUGGAGUCGGGCGUGGCUGACCUCAGCAGCCGCUCGUCCAGCGGCGGGGACGACGGCAAGGACCCGUACACGGAUGAGGCCGCCUUCACCACUGCCUGACUGGAAUAACGGAGCUGGAAAUCACUCUCGUAGAUCCCCAAAAAUAUUUAUUCAAACACAUGUCGGGGAGCAGAGAAGACUGUGACGAGUAAAGAUGGCUCCUGACUGACUGAAAGGCAGUUGCAUUUUAUCUCUUUUUUUCUAGUAGACAACUCUAGUUUGUCUCAUGGUAUAAAGGGAGUCACGGUGAAUUAGGGAAACCUCACUGGCUGUUUAUCAUUUUGCCUUCUUGACGAAGGCUCUGUUUUAAUCUGACAUUUUUUGUGUUGCACAAAGCCAGACAGCCUGCUUUUUUUUAUAUGUAGAUGCUGUUUUUAGGUGGUCUCAAUUACUGUCAUUUGUACUUUAUUUAAGGGAUGCACUAUUGCUGUGAGGUGGACAAAAGGUAGAUGGAACCAGCCUGAAAUAAUGUACAACACAGGCCUCAUGAGAGGUUCAGUGAGUAGAACAAACACACUGCUGCUGCACUCACAAGAUAAUUCAAACAAGUGGCUUCCUGACAUGAGAAACACAUAACUCGUGUCAGUAUUUCUCAAGAUAUUUCAUUAAUGAACACUUCUCCUCAAACAAAUAUAAAAUGAAUUUGCAACUGUGGUGUAAGAUAAGAUGUAUUAGGAGACUAGCUAUAAUCAUUUUCCUCCCAUGUGUUCCUUUAUUUCCCACAUUGUUGGAACACAUUUUGAAACUUUUAGACACACUAAAAGCAGCAGAUGUUUGUACUCACAACCUAACCUGCUGUCAGCGACGUCAUAUCUCUUUGGAUUGUCCUUCAGAUAUAACAUGGUUAUUCCACAGCCAAGACCAAGUAACCAGUGGCCGCUAAGUCUUCCCUGUAGCUCAGCAGGAAUAUCAUUAGAAAUAAAACUAACAUUGUUUCUCUGGAAAAGGAAUGUCAUUAGUUCAGGUAGAGGAAAAUGCAAGUUUGAGGGCUUUUUUUAGAUGGUCAUCAGCCUUUACAACUGAGCGCAAGAACAGAUCCAGAGAGUUGCUGCUGGAGAGAAAAUGUAAAAUGUUCUGUUAUAUAGUCUAAACACUGAGAGGCCAGCAAGCCGACAGCAUAAAACCUGUCCGUUUCUUCCCUGACCAGAACUUAGAUGAAGCCUGAUUUUUGUUGCAUUCAGCUCUUAAAAUUUUUAAAGAUAUUUAAAUCCUCCUUGAAUACUUUUUAAAAACAAAUAUUAGUUAACAACCAUGAAUGCUAAUAUACAGUAUUUAGGUUUUAAGAGUUACACAUUAUAGAAUAUACACUAUAACUUAGUUCAUAUUAGAAACAAGCAACUUCAAAGAUAUGGAAACUAAGUUAGAAAAGUGUAGAAGGGCACUUUUUAAAAAAAAAAACAUGUCUGUUUCCCAGCUAUGAGGCAGAUACAGGAGAAAAAAAAGACAACAGGAAGGAAACAUGAAUGCAGCCUGAUAUCUUGAAUCAGUCUAAGCUGUUGGUCAUUAACCAGAGCAAAAUGUGAACAAAAUUAUUCAUGUUUACAUCAAAAGAUGAAAUACUGUAUUUUUAUUUGUGUUUUUGUGUGCAAUAUAUUAUUUUAAAGCCAUUUUUUUCUUCAUUAUGUUUCAGUGUACUGUAUAACAUUCUGCAAUGACCUGAUAUCCACACUGAUGUAAUACGAUUUAAGACCUAUCGAAUCCUUCAGAUAAGAAAGCGUAUUUCAUGAAGUCCAGAGAGGCUUGUCAGAUAGCUGAUGUUUCAAAUGUCAUCAUAUAGACAGAAUUUAUCAUUUGUGUCCUUUAAUGUGAUCUUCAACUUUUUACAUUCCCAUGUAGAUGGAGUACCAACAGUGAGAACUCUUCUGAGAAAUGUUUAAGAGAUGUAAACACGUCUCAGUUUGUUUCAUGGUCUCUACACUGUCCAGUGCAUUCCAUAUUAUAACAAGCAGACAGUGUUUGUCUGUGUGGUAUCUACUGUGAGAGUUGACCUAUCAGAGCACAUUGUUGUGAAGCUGACAAUGAAAACCAAAUUUGGCUCCAGGUGAACAUUACUGCUUCACUGUAGGUGUGAAGAAAGCACUGAAUGUAUUCCAAGCGAAUGCUAACUGAAUAGCUUCUUAAAGCUACUGACUGGUGAUCCAACACUCUGACUUCCCAACAUUAAUAGAGUUCACAAAUUUACUCUAUUCAAAGCAGUGGAGGAGUGUACUGGUGCACCAGGUUAGAAAAAUUUGACUUCACUGGCCAUGGCAGGAGUGCUGGCAUACAAGAAGUUAAAGGAAAUGCAGCCAGUGUGUGAUGAGAGGUGUUGCAGCAUAGCUGUGAACAACAUCAACUGAAUCUGAUGAGCUAAAAAUUCCUUGAUCUCUCCUUCUUACCUGUACAUUUCACUGUAGACUGUGGUGUGUAUGUGUAUGUGUGUGUGUUCUGUAUCCAUUGAUGUUAAUGAUAUAUCAAUAAAUGCACUGUUUAAGGGAAACAACAGAAAUACA